AAACCUCCAGACGAUAGAGAGAGCCCGUGUGUCGUCGUUUGAAUUCGCUUCCCUUCACACGAAAAACGAGAAACUUUUGUUCACACUCGAGUGAACAAAACAUGUUCACACUCGAGUGAACAAAACACUUCCUCUCACUGGAGCAAAGCGCUGGUGCUCAGCAGUGAGCAGCGGUCGGACGUUGCUGAGAUGGCCGGCGCGCCGCCGUUCCUGGACGAUAGCGCCGUAGAGGCGCUGCUGCCCUGGCGGCCGCUGGUGGAUGCUGUUGAGCGCAGCCUGGCCGACUACUCGCGCCGGGACGGGUCCGUGCAGCAGCCGGUGCGCUCCAGUUUCUUCCUCCCGCCCGGCUCCGGGUGGUUCGGCUCGAUGUCAGCCUUCAGUAAGAGUGCUGACAUCAUUGCCACCAAGCUGGUGACGUCAUUCCCCGAGAACGUCAACCUACCCAAGAUACAAUCGACAAUACUGGUGCACAGUCCCGCAGAUGGAUCACUGCUUGCGCUGAUGAGUGGAGAGUGUAUCACCGCCCGGCGCACAGCGGCCGCCUCCGUGGCGGCCACGCGCCACCUGGCGGCGCGCUCCAGCGUGCUGGCCAUCCUCGGCUCGGGCGUCCAGGCGCGCUCACACGCAGAGGCGUUCCUGGAGGCCAGUGAUGGAGUCAAGGAGGUGCGGUUGUGGGGCCGGAACCGAGCGGCUACUGGUGAGCUGGUGGAGUCUCUGUCUCAGCAGUACCCGGCCGUGCGGUUCGUGCACAGCGAGUCGGCGCAGCUGUGUGUCGCCGGCGCUGACGUCAUCAACACCACCACCGCCUCGCCAGAGCCGAUCCUGUUCGACUCCUGGCUACCAGACAAAGGCGUCCACAUCAACGCAGUGGGAGGCAAGGUUCCUCACAAGACGGAGCUGGAGCCGGCCCUGCUGCAGCGCGCCGCCGUCUACACCGACAGUCGAGAGGGCGCCGCUAGUGAGGUCGGUCCCGUGCGCGUGCCGGUGCACGCCGAGGUGGGAGAGCUGGUGUCGGGCUCCGCCGCAGCCGACAAGGACAAGAUCAGCGUGUUCCUGUCGUUCGGGAUGGCCGUGGAGGACGCAGUGGCUGCUCGGCUGGUCUGGAGCGGCUAUCAGUCGUCGGGCGAUCACUGACUGUUGUCAGUUGUAUGACAGUCGGUGACGGCUAUCAGUCCUCUGGUGAUCAGUGACGGGCACGGCGAUUAGUCGACCGGUGACCUCUAACGGCUAGUCAGUGACGGAUAGAUCAGUGGGCUGGCGCUCGGUGAAGCACGACGGCAGCGCCAGGGCAUUCCAGCUGUUAAACUUACCAUUGGGAAACGAGUGAGAAUAAAUACUGGACUGAAACAA